UUUGGCAGUGAACUUAGACCGAACUAAAUUCCUUCUUCAAAAGUAAUCCACAAAUAAAUUAAUAUUUUAUAGCCUCGUUUUCAAAUUAAAAACAGAGAGAAAUUUGGAAAUUCCAGUACGACGGGAGAUAAAACCUAACAUACGCCAUGGUGACCGUUAUCUAAACUACGCCAAAAUAUUUGAAGUGUCGUCGUUUCAUAAUAAAACGCAAACAAAAACCCACUCCCACUUUCUCCUUUCCAAAAAAAGAACUCUCGCCACUUUCUCUGCUCUUUUUCUUUCUCUCUCUCUUUCUUGUUUUCGCCGGCGAUCAUGGAGAAAAGCGGCUUCUCUCCCGUCGGUCUAAGGGUUCUUGUCGUAGACGAUGAUCCAACUUGGCUCAAGAUUCUCGAGAAAAUGCUCAAGAAGUGUUCUUACGAAGGUCUCUUUCUUCUUCUUCUAUCUUAUGUUUUCCCCAACAGUUGGAUUUACUAAAAUAUCUCCUUACUUUCCUAUGUUGCAGUAACGACCUGUGGAUUAGCUAGAGAGGCUUUGAGGUUGCUGAGGGAGCGUAAAGAUGGAUAUGAUAUCGUGAUCAGCGAUGUGAACAUGCCUGACAUGGAUGGUUUCAAGCUUCUUGAGCAUGUUGGUCUUGAAUUAGACCUCCCUGUAAUAAUGAUGUCGGUGGACGGCGAAACAAGCCGAGUGAUGAAGGGAGUGCAACACGGAGCUUGUGAUUACCUCUUGAAGCCGAUAAGAAUGAAGGAGUUAAAGAUUAUAUGGCAACAUGUUCUGAGAAAGAAGCUUCAAGAAGUGAGAGAUAUCGAAGGCUGUGGAUACGAAGGAGGAGCGGAUUGGAUCACUCGAUACGAUGAAGCACAUUUUCUUGGAGGUGGUGAAGAUGUUUCUUUUGGGAAAAAGAGAAAAGACUUUGACUUUGAGAAGAAGCUUCUUCAAGAUGAGAGUGAUCCAUCAUCUUCUUCUUCCAAGAAAGCUAGAGUUGUUUGGUCUUUUGAGCUUCAUCAUAAGUUUGUCAACGCCGUUAACCAAAUCGGAUGCGAUCACAAAGCUGGUCCCAAGAAGAUAUUGGAUCUCAUGAAUGUUCCAUGGCUCACUAGAGAAAAUGUUGCAAGCCACCUUCAGAAAUAUAGACUUUACCUGAGCAGAUUAGAGAAAGGAAAGGAGCUCAAGUGUUAUUCAGGUGGCGUGAAGAAUGCGGAUUCAUCUCCAAAAGAUGUCGAAGUGAAUUCAGGCUACCAAAGCCCUGGGAGGAGCAGCUAUGUAUUCUCUGGAGGAAAUUCUCUGAUCCAAAAAGCAACAGAGAUUGAUCCAAAGCCACUUGCUUCAGCUUCUUUGUCUGACCUCAACACCGAUGUGAUCAUGCCUCCGAAAACAAAAAAGACGCGUAUAGGAUUUGAUCCUCCCAUUUCCUCCUCUGCGUUUGACUCUCUGCUUCCUUGGAAUGAUGUUCCAGAGGUCCUUGAAUCGAAGCCGGUUCUGUAUGAGAAUAGCUUUCUCCAGCAACAACCAUUGCCAAGUCAAAGUUCCUAUGUUGCAAAUUCUGCACCAUCUCUCAUGGAGGAGGAAAUGAAGCCUCCUUAUGAGACACCAGCAGGAGGCAGUAGUGUGAAUGCAGAUGAGUUUCUCAUGCCACAAGACAAGAUCCCUACUGUAACCCUUCAAGAUUUGGAUCCCUCUGCCAUGAAGCUGCAGGAGUUCAACACAGAGGCGAUUCUGAGAAGCUUGAACUGGGAACUUCCAGAAUCACAUCAUUCUGUUUCUUUAGACACUGACUUAGACUUGACUUGGCUUCAAGGCGAGCGUUUUCUUGCAAACACCGGACUCCAGUUUCAAGAUUACAGUAGUAGCCCAUCACUCCUAUCUGAGCUCCCAGCCCACCUUAAUUGGUAUGGAAAUGAGCGGCUGCCUGACCCUGACGAGUAUUCCUUCAUGGUAGACCAAGGUUUAUUCAUAUCUUAACCUUGUUCCAAUAACUUCUUUUCGUAUAUUGGUUGGUGUAAUGCAGAAAGAUUUUGUGGGUAUACCUGAAAAUAAUCUUGCUUUCCCAAGAACCUUCCAUGAUCGGAUGCAUUGUACAAUAAUCCACGAGUGUCGUAGGCUAAUUACACCAAACAGGUUGAUGACAGUGAUAAGGCCACAUGUUUCACACCGUCGCUUAAGAUCUUCACUGUCACCUGGAAGGAAAUUAGUUUGCAUGUCAUAUCAUGAAAAAAAGAUCUCUACUACACAUUGAAUCUAAUUGCAAAACUUAGGAAUUUUACCUCCUUACUCCAA